AAGUCGACAGGGGCGAGUAACGACGUUUAACUCUAUCUGUCCACCCAUUUAUCGAGUUGUUUUGUUUUGUGUCUAAUGUGCGGAUAUGCCAGUUGAUUUUCGUGAUUAUUUUUGGGGAGAAGGCAACAAUGGAUUUGAUGUACUAUAUCAUAAUAUGAAAUAUGGUUAUGGAGCCAGUAAAGAGUUAGCUGACUUUUUUAGAGAAAGGUCAGUAAUUGAAGAAACUCAUUCAAAACUCCUUGCAAAAUUGGCCAAACAUGCAAGUAAUUGCUGUACUCAAGGAACAUUUGCCCCAUUUUGGCAACUUCUUAAGGCUUCUUCUGAAAAAUUAUCAACAUUGCAUGCACAAAUGGUUCAAAGGUUCCAAGAUCUUGUAAAAGAAGUCAAUAAAUAUUGUGAAGAACAACAUAAAAGGCAUAAACAGGUAAAGGAGGAGGAAUCUUCUACUUUAGAAGUAGUGCAAUAUAUACAACAAACAACACUCUCUCUUCAUAAGGCAAAAGAAAUGUAUAAUUCAAGAUGCUUAGAAUUUGAAAAAUUAAAGAGAGAGAAUGCUUCUUUAAAAGAAGUAGAAAAAGUAAGUUACAUGAGUAUUUUAAAAAAUUAACAAAUUUGAUAAUUAUGUUAUAAAUAACAACUGUCAGAGCACUGUUUUCUAAUGGUUAAUAUGAAUUUGAACAAUGAUAAUUCUGAAUUUAUCAUGAAUUUAACUGCAGCAGGGAAUGGAUUUGGAGUGUUGUAGAGCUUCUAGUUAUGAAUUUGAAAUAAAAAAAUUUUUUAAAUAUUAAAAAUUUACUUUAAUUUGUCAAACUUUAAAAUUCCUGGUUAUAGCAAAAAAAUAGUCUGUAUUUAUAUGCUAAGCUUAUCCAUGUUUUAGUAUGCAUUCACAUGUUUGAUACAGACAAGUGUAAAAAAAUAGUGUAUUGCAUAUUUUAUACAGAGCUGUAACUAGGGUAUGGCCAAUGUGGCCCCCGCCAUAGGAGCCAAUUUAAUAAAGGCGCCAACGAGAAGUU